CCGUCCUUUAUCUGGGCCUUAAUCAUUAUACAUUUCCCCUACAUAUUAGCUUCUCAGUUCACAUUGUUGACAAUAACCCAUCAACCACAGAACCAGGAUUUCCUGCAUGAAUUCAAGUCAGAUCCAGUAUCUUUCUGAUUCAGCAGGGGCAAUGGCUACUCCUGUUCCUGCUAAUAAGAUACUCAUUGCCCUUCCCCUUGAUGCAGAAGUUAGCAAAGCUCUUCUCUUAUGGGCAAUUGGACUUGUUGUUCGUCCAAAAGACAGCGUUGUCGCCGUUCAUAUCCUUGUGGGCAAGAUGUCAAAGAAGCGACACACCCGAUUGCGUCGAGCAAAGGCCUUUGUUAUAUCUAUGCUUGGAGAAUUCACUGAGAUUUGCCAAUUUAAGCAGGUGCAUCUGGAAGCAAGAGUAGGGUAUAGUUCUAGUAUUGGGAAAGGUUUAAUUGAGGAAGCCAAAUCCAUUGGAGCUGACUUUCUUCUUGUUGGUGGCUCCCGGAACCAAUUACAGAGGGGCUCACGUAAAGUAAUGAAGUACUGCUUUGAGCAUGCUCCAGAAGGUUGUUCAGUAGUUUCAAUUGGGAGGCGUGGACAAACCCAUCAAGAUUCAGAUUCAGAUUCAGGGUCUAUCCCCUCUGAAGCAGGAUCCCAAGGUUCAAGAUCAAGUUUGAGCUCACAUGGAUUGAACAAAGAUAUUCAUGUCAGCAAGAGUAAACCCCCCCUUUGGAAGCUCUUUCGUUUCAAGGUGAAGAGAGUGAACUAUUCGAACAAGACUAAGUAUCAAGGGAAUCAUCAUUCCUCAAAGGAAACCAGUUGGGGAAAGGCUUCCCCUACAGCUGUUCUUGAUGGACCUGAAGAAGGAUUGCAAGUCACGGAAGAUUCCUUUAGUAUUGGGGACUCUAGCCUCACUGAGUCCCCUCCUUUGUCAACUAGGUCUCGAGAUUGCAGGCGCCGGCGCCACUCUUACAUAAGGAGGUCCCUAUCGACAAUCAAACUCUUAUUUCCAUUCUUCCAUUCCUCAUUGGAUGGAAUAGAAAGGGAGCUUGAUGGUUUAUCUGACAAAGAGAAAAAGCCUUCAUGGAGGUGUUUCAGCUAUGAAGAGAUUUCAAAUGCAACAAAUAAUUUCCACCCAGAUAAUAUGGUUGGUAAAGGAGGGUUUGCCGAAGUGUAUAGAGGUGAUCUCUCUGAUGGGAGAACAAUAGCUGUGAAGAGAUUAGCAAAGGACAGAAGGAAUGAAGACAAGGAGGAAGAGUUCCUCAUUGAAUUGGGUAUUAUAGGCCAUGUCUGCCAUCCUAAUACAGCAUCUUUGAUAGGCUGCUGCAUUGAAAAUGGUCUCCAUCUAAUCUUCAACUUCUCUCCAAAUGGAACUCUUGAUGAAGCAUUGCAUGGUAGCACCUCCAAGUCACUAGAAUGGUCAGUCAGAUACAAGAUUGCAAUAGGAGUUGCAAGGGGUUUGCACUAUCUUCACAAAUGCUGUAAGCGCCGAAUAAUUCAUCGAGACAUAAAAGCCUUAAAUGUUCUUCUUGGGCCAGACUUUGAACCACAGAUUGCUGACUUUGGGCUUGCAAAAUGGCUUCCUACACAAUGGACUCAUCACUCUGUUGUUCCAAUAGAGGGUACAUUUGGAUACUUAGCGCCGGAAUACUUCAUGCAUGGAAUUGUAGAUGAGAAAACUGAUGUUUAUGCAUUUGGAAUUCUCCUUUUGGAGAUCAUAACUGGCCGGAGACCUGUGGACUCAUCAAGGCAAAGUCUUCUCCUUUGGGCAAAACCACUUAUGGAAUCUGCGGACAUUGCUGAACUAGCUGAUCCAAAACUCAAGGGAAAAUAUGAAAUUGAUGAAAUGGAUAGAUUAGUACUGACUGCUUCCUAUUGUGUAAGACAGUCCUCAAUAUGGCGUCCAUCGAUGACUGAGGUGUUGCAAAUUCUAAUCAAUGAGCACAAUUCUGAGGUUGCAAGGAGUUGGACAAUACAAGGUUAUGCAGUGGAUGAUACAGAGGAUUACAGUGAAGAAAUUGACUGCUGGUCUCACUCUAGUGAAAUUUAUCUACAUGAAUAGUCAAUUUAGAGAUUGAAUCCGUUUUAAAUUUUAUAAAAGAAGUGAUUUUUCCAUUAAAUGAGUUAGUUCAUAUCUAAUUAAUGAGCUUUUUCUUUCUUGUUUUUUUGGGAGUGGGGUUGGCUGGCUAGAGGUCAAUUGGAGGUUACAACCAUUUUCCUUUCCCACUGCUUGUAAUUAAUGUAUUGGGUUCUCUAAUAUAUGAUGAGUUCUGGGGCAUUCCAACAAU